CCAGUGACUUGCUUUUGCGCCGCACGGAGCGAAUUCGCUCGCCGAGGCGGGUUACAGUCGCUGGCUGUGCCGCAGAAGGGCGACUAGUUUGUGAGGCGCCGUUGGUUUGUUAGUGAGCUCGCCAGUUCGGCGUCCGGAACCGCACCAGAGUAGACGGGAUACCGCGCAUAACCUUUAAGGCGUUAGCCAACUAGUUAUUCACACUUUACACCGCGCACUGCUGCUUUUUCUUGUGCUUUGUAGCUCCCAUUUUAUGCUAGUUAUUUAUUUAGAGUCAGGCUGUGCAUCAGCAUUUAAGAGUAAUAUGGAAUUCAACCUGGAUGGGUUAAUGAUGAUGGAGGGGGUGCAGCAGAGCAGCACCAAUGGCAACGAUUCCCAGACCAUCACCAUCCCCACCACCAUCAGCGCCUCCCAGAUCUCCCAUAUUGCACAGCAGAUGUCCCUUGGCGGUUCCCCGGUGACUGUGUUGCAGCUCCCUGGGGGUCAAUUCCAGGUCCAAGGGGUGAUCCAGUCUGCCCAGUCAUCUGUCAUCCAGUCCCCUCAGGUACAGGCUAGCCAGGGUCAGUCGGAUAGUGAUGACUCCCAGGAGUCCUCAGACAGUGCUGCCUCAUCUCACAAGUCCCGAGAGCUCUUAGCCAGACGCCCCUCCUACAGGAAGAUUCUGAAUGACCUCUCGUCGGAGGAGGUGGCAUCUCGAAACGAGGGGGAGGAGGAGAGUGCAGCAUCCACAGCCAUGACCACUGUCACUGUCCCCACUCCAAUCUACCAGACCAGCACGGGCCAGUACAUUGCGAUCGCACCUAAUGGCACCAUCCAGCUGACCAGUCCAGGUGAAGGCGUGCAGGGUCUGCAGACGCUCACCAUGACCAACUCGGGCUCGGCACAGCCAGGCACUACCAUCCUUCAGUAUGCACAGACUCCGGACGGCCAGCAGAUUCUGGUGCCCAGCAACCAGGUGGUGGUGCAGAGUGCUGGAGGAGAGGUUCAGACCUACCAGAUCCGCACGGCACCCACCACCAGCUCCAUCCCCCAAACGGUGGUCAUGACUUCCCCCGUGAGCAUCCCCUCCCAGAGCACCAAGACGGAUGACCCCCAGAUAAAGCGAGAGAUCAGACUGGCCAAGAACAGGGAGGCAGCACGUGAGUGUCGGCGAAAGAAAAAGGAGUAUGUGAAGUGUCUGGAGAAUCGCGUGGCCGUGCUGGAGAACCAAAACAAGACGCUGAUCGAGGAGCUCAAGACAUUAAAGGACCUUUACUGCGUCAAGACAGGGUAAAGGGGGCUCUGAUGGCUUGCCACAUGGACAGCGGGGGCAGGGGCGCGCCCCUCUGCUGCCCCCAUCCUCCAUGGCUUUCUUUUUAUCUUUGUUUUAAAGAGUCUUUGUGAGCAGCAGAAUGACCAGCGGAGAAAAAAAAAAAACUUCAUAAUUGGAGGUGAAUUUAUUGAAUCAUCAUAUUGGAUUUUUUUUUUUGCACAUGAAAUCUGGAAUUGUGAACUUUUGAACAUUACAUUUAAUUUUCCUGUAUAAGUUAGAUUUUCAUAUCUUUUUUUUAAAUGUAGCAAUAGAAAUCUGCUGUUCCGUUAUCCGAAAGUGCAGCAGUAUUGUGAGUGUAUCAUGACUAAUCAUGUGAUUCUUUUUUCUCUUUUGUGUAAGUCAGCAUUUUUUCAUGUUAUCCCCCAAAAAAGGAGAAUGUUACAGAUUCCCCAUUCCAAACUCUGAUUUUCUGCGAAACCUAAAGGGUUAAUUAGUUGUGUGGCGAGCCAAGCUGUUACAGAGACAAUCAGGGAACAUGAGUAUGUUUUGCUAUCUGGGUGACAUUCAUUUGAAUCAGGCUUAAGAAAUGUCACUCAUUUGGUACAUGAAUCUUAAUAAAGUAAAAUAUUUUUCCAGUCUUUUGAUUUUGUCCUAGUAUUUUAAGAUUUGCUGAGGCAGGAACUGAAGAAAUCGGACAAGCUCCUAAUACAUCUUCAGACCAAGUGCUCAGGCUUUUUCCUGGACCUGCUAUAGAGCAGAGUUUGGCAUCAGUGUGUGGUUCUUACAGGAGCAACGGAGCAUGAGUCUGAUGUGAUGAAGUUUGGGCUGCUGGGUCAGUGCACGUGUUCGGCGUCUGAGACUCUGGACUCUAUUCUGCUCUAUAGCAAGAGGAUUUUUUAUAGCCACGUUGGAAAACAGCUGAUGCAGUUUUUAUGUAUUAAUGGCGAGAGACGUGGGCUCAGUUUGUUUGGUGUUGGAUUAAAUGGUGCUGAUCUAGGGCAUGUUUCAGGGCAGCUUUGGCAUAAGUGAUGUUUCAUUUUGUUCUUGUGAAGAUAACGGGAGAUGUUGAUGUCCGUGCUGUAGAAGCUGGGAUAUGAAGACAUCUGUGAUAGCAAGGUUAGAGAAAUGCUGUUAUCAGUGUUUAUAUUCUUAAAAGGAAUAGGAUUGAUUACUUUGAAUGAAUGAUAAUUAAUAUCUAGAUGCUGUAAAAUGCUUUUAUAAAAUAAAAUUGACUUACGUUUCAUUUAACAA